AUGGCGACGUUAAUCAAAGGAAAACUCUCCAAUAAACUGUCAAAUGCGGCCACGGCGGUGUCCAACAAAUCCCAGGCGAAGGUGAGCGGCAUGUUCGCCAGGAUGGGCUUCCAGGCCGCCACCGACGAGGAGGGGCUGGGCUUCGCCGCCUGCGAUGACCUGGACUACGACCACCGGCAAGGUAUGCAGAUGGACAUUUUAACGUCCGACGAGGCCGGAGGAGAGGGGAGCGGGGAGGGGGGCGAGCUGGACGGGGACAGUCACUACCAGAGGGACGGCACCGGCCCGCCGCAGUCCGCGUCCAAAGACGGGGGUCCGAACAACGAGUUGACCGAAGUCAGACCAAAAAUCACCGCAUGGGAGGCGGGCUGGAACGUCACGAACGCGAUCCAGGGGAUGUUUGUGCUGGGGCUGCCGUACGCCAUCCUGCACGGAGGAUACCUCGGACUCUUUCUCAUUAUUUUCGCCGCCGUGGUGUGCUGUUACACGGGGAAAAUCCUUAUUGCCUGCCUGUACGAGGAGGACGAAGACGGGCAGCUGGUCCGCGUGCGGGACUCCUAUGUGGACAUUGCCAACGCCUGCUGCGCGCCCAGAUUCCCGUCCCUGGGCGGCCACGUCGUGAAUGUAGCCCAAAUCAUAGAGCUGGUGAUGACCUGCAUCCUGUACGUGGUGGUCAGCGGCAACCUCAUGGUCAACAGCUUCCCGAACAUGCCCAUUUCCCAGAAGUCGUGGGCCAUCAUCGCCACGGCCGCCCUCCUGCCCUGCGCAUUCCUCAAGAACCUGAAGGCCGUCUCCAAGUUCAGCCUGCUGUGCACCAUGGCGCACUUCGUCAUCAACGUCCUGGUCAUCGCCUACUGCCUCUCCAGGGCCAGGGACUGGGCCUGGGACAAGGUCAAGUUCUACAUCGACGUCAAGAAGUUCCCCAUCUCCAUUGGGAUUAUCGUGUUCAGCUACACCUCGCAGAUCUUCCUGCCGUCCCUGGAGGGGAACAUGCACAAACCCAGCGAGUUCCACUGCAUGAUGAAAUGGACUCACAUCGCUGCCUGCAUCCUGAAGGGCCUCUUCGCCCUGGUGGCCUACUUGACCUGGGCCGACGAAACCAAGGAGGUCAUCACGGACAACCUGCCCCCGGGCAUCCGCGCCGUCGUCAACCUCUUCCUCGUGGCCAAAGCCCUGCUGUCCUACCCGCUGCCGUUUUUCGCCGCCGUGGAGGUGUUCGAGAAAACCUUUUUCCAAGACGGGGGGCGCUCGUACUUCCCGGACUGCUACGGAGGCGACGGGCGCCUGAAGUCCUGGGGACUGACCCUCCGAUGUAGCCUUGUGGUGUUCACGCUGCUCAUGGCCAUCUACGUGCCACACUUCGCCCUCCUCAUGGGUCUCACCGGCAGCCUGACGGGCGCAGGCCUCUGCUUCCUGCUCCCCAGCAUCUUCCACCUCAAGCUUUUAUGGAGAAAGCUGCAGUGGCACCAGGUUUUCUUCGACGUCUCCAUCUUCGUAAUAGGAGGUAUAUGCAGUAUUUCUGGCUUCAUUCAUUCGAUGGAAGGGCUCAUAGAGGCCUUCAAGUAUAACAUAGAAGAAUAA